AUGGCGUCGGUCGGCACCCUCUCCCUCUUCUACCCCGUCUUCUUGCCUGCCAGCGUGGCCGCUCUCGUCUAUGCUGGUCACCGCGCCUCGUACGUCAACUGGCGCAUUUGGCUGUACAACUUCCUGACAGGCCCGGGCCGGACGAGCCGCAUCCUGCUGCUUUUCUUUCUGGUCUUGAACUGGAAGAGCCUCCCGCUCGCCUGGACCGUUCGCGUGUUCCAUGCCUUUCUAUACCAUGUGCUACGCCGGCCCAAGGUGCUACCGCCGCGGGCUCUCUUCCACUUCUCCAUCUCGUCGAGCCGCACGUCGCUGCUCGAGACCGACUACAACAUGCACAAGAGCAACUCGACCUACUUUGCGGACCUGGACGUGAGCAGGUCGCACUUGGUGACGCACCUGCUCGGGCCGGCCAUGCCGGCGGUCGGCGACAAUGCGCGCAAUAAGCUGGUGCUCGACAAGGACGGCAACCUGGUAAAGGGCGGGUUCGGCAUCGGGCUGGGCGCCGUCUUCUGCAGCUUCAGGCGCGAGAUUGCGCCCUUUGAGCGGUACGAGAUGUGGUCGCGCAUCCUGUCGUGGGACCGCAAGUGGCUGUACAUUGUUACGCACUUUGUGGCCAAGGGCAAGGUGCGGCCUACGGGCUGGGACGACCGCCGCAUGGGGCCGACGCGCAUGCGCGCAGUCGACGGCGGCGACUGGACUAAGCACGUCUUUGCCACCGCCAUCACAAAGUACGUCUUCAAGCUCGGCCGCUUCACCGUGCACCCGGCCAUUGUCAUCGAGGCCAACGGGCUCCUGCCCGCGCGGCCGGGCGGCUGGCGCAGCGGCGACGACGGCACGGGCACCCCCGAGGAGCUGGGCGAGCUGGGCGGCUCGGCCGAGGACAGCGAGUGGGACUGGCGGCACGUCGAGCAGGAGCGGCGCAAGGGGCUCGAGUAUGCUAACCACUUUACGGCGCUCGACGGGACCAAUGCCUUGUUUGACGGCGGCGAAGACGGAGCGAUUGGUAGUUUCCCCCUGGGCUGA